GCGGGAGAAAUCUGUUUGUAUGCACGGGACAUCACCUGCGUCCUCCGAACACAAAUCCGAGUGAUUUUACGCUUGAUCUGACGUGAUGGUUACACUUGAUACAGCUAGGCUAAUGCAUCUUAUGAAAGAUGAGGACGAUGAGAAGGAGGAGGGUGAUGGGAAAGCUGCAGCAGGACACGUGGGAAGAGAAGAAGGAGAUGAGGUCCUCCUUGUACGCUGCUUUUCCUUGUCCUCUUCCUUCAAGUUCACCAAUUUCCGUCUCUUCUACGUAGUAGCGGUAGAUGUAGGAGGAGGAGGAGGAGGAGGAGGAGGAGGAGGAGGAGAACAAACGAGGAGGGUGAUGAAGCGGAGGUCAAAAGGUGAUGAGGAGGAGACAGGAGUAGUAGUCGAAGCAGCAGUAGUAGGAGGUGGAGGAAGUAGGUGGAGUUGUGCCUGCAAUCGCCAUGCGAUAUCGCAUACACAGAACGACAGCUCGCCUGAAGAUGAGGUUGUCCAUUUGCAGGCAGCAUCAGCUCAUGCAACAAGUGAUGGAGGCGCCCGCCUAUGUGUCGUUAUCAGAAUCCAUUGUGCAAUUUUGUUGCGCCAUGGCGUCCGAUGUGAUCCCGCGAGCGACUCCAAGGUGAUGGAUGAGGAGAAGGACGAGAGGGACAUGGGAGGAUCUCCAAAAGAUGGACAACGCGGUGGACGGGCCGGAUACGAAUGUGUUCCGGGAGAUCGUGGAGGCAUUGUCCCCUCAUCCGCAGCAGAGCGUGACAAUCUACAAGGUGCCUUUGAUGCCGGAUCACAUCAUCGCAUAGGCGCUUUAUCGUUGGGCGAGUGGGGAGACGUACGAGAGCAGCACAUCGUCAUUCAGCAUAGGACACGCAUUAGGCUUGAUUGCGGUGGAGGACGUGACUCGGGCACUUCUCAGGGUGUACUGGGAGAAGAUCUUUUGGCCUUCCGGGUUGCGGCGGGUGGCCAUUCUGCGACUCUUCGAGGCCAAGUGGUGGUGGACUUGGAAUUGCGUGUCACAGACAUUUUCGUCGGGUAUCCCGAGAGCUGCCACGACAUUCGGGUGCUUCAGCUUUCCAGUCAUUGGGCGCGUGCGGAAGAGGGGGAUCUUUUCCGUGGACCUGUCGUGGUGCUGUCGUUCAGGGUGAAGACACACGGGUACAUUCUCGGGGAUAACGACUAUCCUCCUAUAGAGUGGAUCGUCGUGCCUUACGGAGGGAUCGAUCAAUGCAUCGACGAGGAGACGUUCGACAACAAGCAGAAGGUCGCCAGAGGAGCAGUGGAGAGAGCUUUCAGAAGAUUGAAGGGGAUGCGGAGGCUCUUCCUCCGUUCACACAAAACGAAUACGGACACUCUCCCGCAACAGUUCCAAGUAGUGUGCCUGCACAACAUCCUCCUCAAUGCCGGCAUAGACUUCAACGAGAACUUGUUGUGGGAGGUGAAAAUGAAUGGCGUGCGCCGGCGAGUGGACUUGGGCUUGGAUCAACAUCCCCACCCCAUUGCGGAGAACUUCAAUCGUCCUCGUGCGCUGGCCCUGCGCGAAGCGCUGGUGGAAUUGUGGGGUUUCUACGAGACCUUCACCUCAGGAGCAGCUUCUCCCUGCGAUUCAUUCAGUCCAACUUCUUCGCUCAGGUGUUCAUCGAGCAUCUCCUCGAAGGAAAGUGCAUUCUCCAUUUCUCAAACUAACUUGCAAGAGUUCCACGCGACCUCCCCUUCCGGGAUAAUCCUGACAGGGAUCUUCGCUGGGGCAACAAUCAGCCCGAUAGAGAUUGCUCCCGUGCAAGACAACGAAAUUCUGGGGAAGCAGCGGAAUGGUGCUAGCGAGCACGACACCGAGAUACCCGUUCUCGCUAUUGCCACGGUUCUCUCCGAAACUUCUCCUAUCGGGACUCGGAGGCGAUGCUCCACAAAGGAGGUAGCAGACUCAGCAGGCACAGACAUAGUACUCCCCAGGUCGCAGUGGAUCGCCGAACGUCUCCUCUUCCCUCUGGGGUUCUGCACUGCUUUCACGUGUAAAGUAGGGACCCGGGGUGGCACGUCCACCAAACCGUACACGAAGGAGGAAGAGGAGAAGAUGGUCGCCAUCCUGAAGGAGAGGAAGGAGAAGGAGGCCAAGAAGAAGGCCUUGAUGGAGGACCAGGCGGCCAAAUUGAAAAAGGUUGAGGAAGAGAUGGUCAGGGAGAAAGAGAGAUUGAAGAAGGAAGAAGAGGAGAAGUUGAAGGAGGUGGACGAGGAAGAGGAAGAAGAUGAAAUGCCACUGCAAAGGAAGAGAGGGCAAUACAGUGGCAGCCGAGAUGACGAGAUGGAGAAAGGGAUUUCGGAGUGGUUUGCCAACUUAUCACUGGGCGAAGAAGAAGAGAUGGCGAUGUAUAUUCCCAAGGAUGAGCAGGAAGCCGCUAUGAGAAAAUGGGACGCAGAAAAAGAUGUUGUGAAGCGGCAGGCGUUAGAAGAUGAGAAAAGGAUGGAGUGGAAACUGGCAGUGAUGAGGGAGAAGAAGAGGAGAGUUGACGCGGCAACAGAGGCGGUAGAGGAGGUAAAAAAGAUAGAAGAGCAAUUAGCCGCCCAGGUUGAACUCCCAAAGAAAAUGGAGGUCAUAGCCCGAAACGUUGCACGCCUAGCACGAAUUCAGGCAGAGCAGUAUGCCUUCAGUAGGAGUCAACAUAUAGCUGUGCGUUCGAUACGACUGGGAUUCCGGGACUUUGCUCGCGAGUUGGUAGGCGCUGUAGGAACCGAGGUGGGCCAUCGCCUCGAGAAGACUGAGCGGUUCUGUGUCGGCGCCAUUGAAGGCGUCAAGGCGGCAGCUCCCAAGGAGGAGGAAGCACGCCCUCGCCGGGAGCCUGUCCAAGUCAAAUUCCCUGAUUCCUACAGUGGAAAAAGGGAAGAGAACUUUGACAACUGGGAGGCCAACGUCAAGACCUAUGUGCAUUUGCAACAGGUCUCCCCGGAUCAGCAUGUUCUAAUUGCGAUCCACGCGCUUAGAGUUGAGGCCGCCAGUUUCGCAAGGUCCCUAGUUUGUGCUGCCAACUGCAAUGACGAUGCAAUUGCGUAUUCGUCGUUCACUCCGCUCGUCGAUUUCCUGAAGUUGCUGCGCGAGCGAUUCGUCGAUGUUGCUGGCAGUGUCAAAGCCUCAGAUAGGCUACAGACAAUCCACUCUCGUCAGUGGAAGAGUGCCAGGGCACUCAAGAGCACAAUGGAAGAAUUAGUGGCUGUACCUGACCACGGGGUCACAGACACCCAGUUGGUUGCCCUCUUCUAUCGGGCUAUGCCCGAAGCCUUUCGAGGGCACUUCUUCGCGAAGAGCGAAGACCCUGCCACCACUUAUGAUUCCCUUAGCCUCUACUUAGAUGACAUCUUAGUGUUUAGUAAGACCCUUGAAGAGCAUCAGGGUCAUCUUAGGCAGGUCUUGGAGAAGCUGAGGGAAGCUAACCUCAAGAUCAAUGCAAAGAAGUGCGAUUGGGCGAAGACCCAAGUUUUAUAUUUAGGCCACGUCUUAGACGGAGACGACGUCAAGCCAAAGGAUUGCAAAAUCGCAGCGAUUCGAGAUUGGCCCACACCACGUACCCUGACAGAGUUGCGGUCAUUUUUGGGCCUAGCUAACUACUACAGGAAGUUCGUAAGGAACUUCUCCACUAUCGCUGCGCCCCUUCGCAGAUUGCUUAGGAAGGAGACCAUCUGGAAGUGGGAUAAGGACUGCACAUCUGCCAUGAAGAAGUUGAAACAGGCGUUGAUAGAAUACCCAGUCCUUAAGGUCACCGAUCCGACCUUGCCCUUUGUCGUCACUACGGAUGCUAGUCAAUACGGCAUAGGUGCUGCUCUGCAGCAAGACGGUGGCCAUGGUUAUAGGCCCAUAGAGUUCAUGUCCGCCAGAAUGCCUUCAGAGAAGGUUGCGACAUCUACCUAUGAGAGGGAACUCUAUGCUCUCAGGCAAGCGUUAGAACACUGGAAGCGCUACUUGCUUGGGAGGCACUUCAAAGUCUACUCGGACCAUGAGACGUUGAGAUGGUUAAAGACGCAGGCCAAGAUGACACCUAAGCUUACUAGGUGGGCCGCAGAGAUAGAUCAGUACGACUUUGAGCUCAAGCCAGUCAAAGGAAAGUAUAAUGUAGUUGCGGAUGCUCUGAGUAGGAGAGCUGAUUACUUUGGGGCAAUAGUGCAUUACUUAGACAUAGGGAAGGACCUGCAACAGAAGAUUAGAGAAGCCUAUGCGCAGGACCCUAUCUAUAUUUUGGGUGGAGGCCAAUUUGCUGGCUGUUAUUAUCUGAAUGACGAAGAUACGUGGAAAACAACGAUGCCUAACCCCAUGGAGUCUUUUUACGUACAGAAGCCAUGGCUCGUUGAGGGAAAUACCAUGUAUUCGAGGAAUGUAUUUGACAAACAUCGGUCUCGCCCCAAGUGGUAUGGAAAGGAUGGCGUGGGCUAUAUCUGCAUGGGCGAUAUGACAAUGUCCUCCCAGCCCACAGAGGGGGAUACUUGGUAUUUCGUGGCACCGUCUGACUUCCUAGACCAAUUGCUAUCGCCAUUUGCCUAUGGAGGUGUAGUGAGGUUCUUUGCUUGGCAGUACCUGCCCUUAGCUCCUCCUGAGAUGUUGAAGGGGUAUGAGGUCGCCAGGAUCAGGCUUGGUGUUCCAAAAUCGAAAAGGCACCUCGUUGUGAGCCGGCGCUACCCUCAGCCUGUGACUGGGAAUCCCCAGGAGUUCAUCAUCCCUCUGGUGGAGGAGGGAUGGACAGUAACCCACUCGAACAGGGAGGUUUUUGGUGCUGCCGAUCCAUGGGAGGAGCCUGCCACUGCGGAAAUCUUCCUUGAGGCGCUUGGGAAGACCAUUAGCUCCUAUACCCCUGAGCAGCAAGAAAAGAUGGCCGCCCUAGUGAAAGAAAACAAAGAGAGGAAGGAGCUCGAGAAGCAGGCGAAGCUAAAGGCUAUCGCAGAGGAGCAGGCGGCGAAGAUGAAGAGAUUGGAGGAGGAGAUGAAGAGAGUUCAACAGGAGGAGGAAGAAAGAAGAAAGGCUGCUGAAGCAGAAGUAGCAGCAGAAGAAGAAAAAGAAAGAAUGAGGAUUGAGAGUGGAGAAGGGAGUAGUGGCACGAUGAAGAGGGAUACAGAUGUAGAAAUGGAGAAAAAGAUAAGCGAGUGGGUCGCCAAUUUAUCGUUGGGAGAAGACGAGGAGGCGGAGUCAUAUGUGACUCAGGAUGAGAGGGAUGCGCUAGCCAGUGAGCUAGCAGCAAUGAAGGACCCUAUGGAAUGGCGAGAAAGGGAGGAGGAGCAAAAAUUGGCAUGGAAACUGAGGAUGAAGAGGGAGAAGAAAAGGAGGAGAGAUGAAGUCAACAAACUGACCGCAGAGGUGGCGAAGGUGCAGGAGUGUAGGAAAGAAGUGGAGGCCAAGGCAGAUGACAAGACCAAGUGGGAUAAGGUAUUGGGGUACCUGGAGGUGCUGAGCACAGCGUGGAUGCAGGAGUGCCAAGCCAGUUGGAGCCAAGACGUAGCUUUGAGUGCCAUGCGGUCGGGAUUUAGAGACUUUGCGCGAGAUAUAGUCACCCACAUUGGGGGCAAAGUCAAGCAACUGAGGGACAACGUGGGGAAGUUUUGCGAAGGCACCAUUGAAGGUGCCAAAGCAAUAGCCGUUGUAGAGGGCGAAGUCAGACCCCGUAAAGAGCCUGUAAAGCUCAAGUUCCCAGACGCAUACGGGGGCAAGAAGGAGGAGAACUUUGACAACUGGGAAGCCAGUGUCAACAAUUAUGUUUAUUUACAGCACAUCCUGAUGGAGGAGCAAGUCCUCGUGGCCUUCCAGGCCCUCAAGGAUGAAGCGGCUAGAUUCGCCAGGUCUCUUGCGCACGCAGCCGGUUGUGAAAACAACCUGGUUGCAUACUCAAAGGUUGCUAAAGAAAGAGGCAAUCUGGCAAGGGACAAAGACUGUACAGCUGCGCUAAAGAAGUUAAAGCGCGCAUUGAUAGAAUAUCCUGUCCUCAAAGUUGCAGAUCCGUCUUUGCCAUUUGUCGUCACCACGGAUGAGAGUCAGUAUGGGAUAGGCGCCGUGUUACAGCAGGACAACGACAAUGGCUAUAGACCCGUAGAGUUCAUGUCAGCGAGGAUGCCCUCAGAGAAGGUAGCUACCUCGACGUACGAGAGAGAACUCUACGCUCUCAAGCAGGCCUCAGAGCAUUGGAAGCAUUACCUGCUUGGGAGGCACUUCAAAGUGUAUUCCGACCAUGAAACACUUAGAUGGUUAAAGACCCAGGCCAAGAUGACACCUAAGCUAACUAGGUGGGCCGCUGAAAUAGACCAGUAUGACUUUGAGCUUAAGCCAGUGAAAGGCAAGUAUAACGUAGUUGCGGACGCUCUGAGUAGGAGAUCAGACUACUUUGGAGCCAUAGUACAUUAUCUGGAUAUAGGGAGAGACCUGCAGGAGAAAAUCAAGCAAGCGUAUGCGCAUGACCCUAUCUAUAGUGACCUCCUCAAGAGAGUUAAGGAGGCCCCAGAGACCGAACCACAAUACCGCACUACAGAAGGAUUACUGUUUGAGAAGACAGAUGUAUUCGACCGCCUAUGCGUUCCCAAUAGUGAGAAAGUCCGCACUCUAAUCCUAGGGGAAUGCCACAACACAGAGGGGCACUUCGGUUGGCAGAAGACAAUAGCCAACCUGAUGCGUGCGUACACCUGGCCGGGGAUGAAGAAUGACUGCAUAGAGUAUAUCCGCAGUUGUAAAGUGUGCCAGAGGAAUACGACUACUACACGCACGCCCCUAGGUCUUCUCAGACCGCUGUCUAUUCCUGAUCAGCCUGGAGACUCAGUGUCCAUAGACUUCAUGGAUACUCAGGUCAAGAGUAGGCAUGGCAAGAGCCAGGUCAUGGUCGUAGUUGACCGUUUUAGCAAAGGUCGGUUCUUGGUUUUGAUCGAUGUCGAUUAGGCAUGUGACAGUUUGAUAUUGGAGCAGACCUCACAGACAAGGAUCUGCUCCGAUAAAGUUGUCAUCUUGAU